GGCCCCGCAGGUGGGUGCUGGGGGAGGGGAGGGAAGCGAGGGUCGUAGCCCCUUCCCCAGCCCCCGCCACUGCCCCCCGGCCAGGCCCCGCAGGCAACAGUUGAGGGCCUUCGUGGCACCCCGGGGCACAAAAGAGGCAAAGCUGAGAGGCUUCGUUGUCGUCAUCGUCAUCUGAGGGGCCUCGCGUCUGGAGCGAGUAAUUAUUUCAAGAUGCCUGGGGGUUCAGUGAUCUCAUUGAAUGCUGUGGAUUCUUCUCUGUCGUCUUUAAAAAACUGCCAGUCAUACAUAAACACCGGCAUGGAUAUUGCUAGUAACGUUGCUUUUGACCUUGUGAAAAAUCUCAAUGAUACAGAGGAGGUUAACGCUAUGGAAAAUGUGAUGUUAGAAUAUGCCAGAAUGGACAGACAACUAAACCAUUACAUGCAAGCAGUUGAAGCUACAGUAAAUCAGAUAAAGCAAGACAUUCCAGAAAUUAUACCAGAUCUAAAAGAGCUAGUAAAAGAAAAAUUUACUGCAUUGGAGAGCAGAAACAGUGACUCCGACCUGCAGAGACAUGAAAAAUAUAAACAUUUUAAGGAGCAACUUAAAGACAUGAAAAAACAGCUUGGUCUUCAAACAGAUGCUGAUGAGGCCAUUGAACACAUUGAUGAAGAUAUUACAGUGACUCAAAGUCAGAUGAAAUUUCUUUGUCCUAUCACACAGAUGGAAAUGAAGAGGCCAGUUCGAAAUAAAGUCUGUGGCCAUGCUUAUGAAGAAGAAGCCAUAUUAAAAAUGAUCCAAAGACAAGAACAGAAAAAGAAAAAAGCACGCUGCCCUAAGAUUGGCUGUGUCCAUUCUGAUGUAAAAAGAUCAGAUCUUGUGCCAGAUGAAGCACUUAAAAGAAGGAUUGACAGUCAGAAUAAACAAAGCCGGUCAACAUUGUAGAAGUCAGCUGGAUAUGCUGUUGCCACAAAGAAAAUUUGUUACUAGAGGUCUUGUGAGAUAAGCUGCUGCUUGUAAGCAGGUUGUGUAACUGAUUGUUAUUUAAAGUGUUUCAUUUGCAGGCAAAGUUGAAGGUCUCAGCUGUAACUGUGAAAGCAUUCUUUUAAACUGCCAAGUAUAAGGCAUUCCAGUUUAACUUGCUUCCCCCUCUUCCCCAAGACUCUAAAAUCCUGCAUUUUGACAAUAAAAUGUUUUGCAAAAUCUAACUUUGCUUGCCAGACUGCUCAUUUUGUAAGUAUUCUAGACCUACAAAUUUAAAGCCCAAUCCUGCCAAUACCAAGUGUCAUGAUUACUACUGGAAGCAGUCCCGGUAAAAUCUCUGUAGCCAGUGGGUCUGUGGUAGGAGGCUCUAUGGCCAAGAUAUUCACAAGUAAAUUGGAUGUCUCCUGUUCUGGGUGUACACCUAGGGCUUCCUCAGGGCUGAACAUCUGCAUCUUGAAUUUGAGAAGGCAAAAUGACUAGUCACGUCUGAGGAUCUUUCCCAAUUCCCAUUAUUAAUUGCAGACUCUGGCCCUUAUUUCUGCUCUGCUUCUGGUGUGUAAAGGCAUUUCUUUGAGAUUGUAUGUAGAAAUCCCAAGCAGGUUCACAUUAAUGUUUUAGGUGAAGGGAAUGGGUUUAUUUACAAAACAGGUUUCAUCCACAAACUGCAUAGAUAAUAACUACAUAGCAAGUCCCCCUUAAAGUGUAUAAAGUUAGCAGAUACAAGAAUGUGUUAUAGUGUGUUAGUGUGUGUAUAUGUCUUAGUGACAAUACGUGUAUAUGUGUUAGUGACACUAUUCAUAGGGGCACAUUUACUUGCUAUGUAAUAUCAGCUUUACAAAGUUUUAUUAAUUCAAAUAGUUCUUCAUCUGCUCUGUAUUCAGUGUGUAAUUGCAUAAUUAAUGCAUAUUAAUCUAAAAAUGAAUUUCAAACCUAAAAUAGGAGCUAAAACUUGCCAUUAACAGAAUGCUUCCCACAUUUACAGCACUUUACAGAAAUUUCCUGUGAAGUCUGUGUAAUUCUCCAUGAUACACAGAAAGCAUGCUGGCCUACAUUUGCAUAGGUGACUGAUGAUUGUAAGUGCCUUUGUUUCUGGAUGUCCAAACUGAUGCUUGUUUAGGAGCCCUGGCUAUCAAAAUGGGGGAGUACUGAUCUUUCUGCAAAUCAGGCCCCUAGCAUGUACUUCAUUUUAGGCCAUCAGAAUCACCAGGUCUCAUGAAAACCUAAGCCUUUACACUUAGGAAGAAAAUUUCAGUCAAACACUGCAAUAAAGGCCUUGAGCUAUAAUAUUUUGUUUAAAAUAAAUGGGGAAGU